GACCGUUGCUGCUGCAGUAACUCAGUGACCGGCGCCAAGAACACGAUGCUCUCCUGGUGCAACAUCCCCUGUGCUGGGGACGACAGUAUGGGCUGCACGGGCAACAAGAACCAGGGCAUCCAGUGGGCUACAUUCGAGAUAGGGAGGGCGCCAAACUUCAGACGCUGGUCCAAGUCCGCCUUCCUGGGCGCCACGUGGCUGCAGCCCCAAUUUCCACCCGGAGAAAAUUUUGAAGUGAAGUUAAAAGACGAAGAACAGGAGUCCCUGGGGUCUCUGACGGACCUGCUGGCCAAGAAAAGAGCCAGACAGCCCGGGGAGGACGCCAACAAGGAGGAGACGGACAAGGUGGCGGUGAUUAACCUGCCCGGGGGUGACAAGCGGCAGCCUUCGUCCGGCGGGCUCAAGGAGGAAGUGGCCAUUUUAGAACUCCCCAGGAUUAAGGAGAAAUCGAAAGCGGAAACAGAGAGCAGCGUGGGUUUGAUUAUCGCUGCCGUUGUUGUAGGGUUUGUGGUCUUCACCAUAGCCUUCGCCUGUUACGUCUACUCAAUAAAGAAGAACGAUGGAGAUUUAGACGAAGAUGUGGAAGAAAACAAAAACUUUAAUAGACGCAGAGGUAGGAGAAGAAGAAGAAGAAAUCCACGGAGCGAGUCAAGCGAAGACACGGAUGAAGACAGCCUUAGUUCCGAUUGACGGAAGUUUUCCGUUCCUCGCCAGCUUUUCAGGGAAACCCGAUAAUGCAAAUAAAAUAUUUCAAUUUUU